AUGACUGCUGAAUCAGACUCAGAAUUAAAGAAAUCGAAUAAGCUGAUAAAGAACAAACAACGCCGAAAAAAGAAAAAGAGGCCACAAUAUAAAGUUGAAGGAUCUUCAGAAGUCGAUGACGUGGAAAAAGUGGAAAUUGAGUAUGUAUUACAACCUCUGGAUGUAUCUAACGAUCCUUACUUUGAAGAAUUCUCAAAGGUUUUUGCCCAUUUUCAGAUCGCCAAUAACGAGUCUGAGGCACAGCCAGAGAUUAAAGAAGAAGAAAAAGAUGAGAUUAUUAAGUCUCAAGUCGAUACAAAGGCAAAGGAUUCAGAUGUAGAAUCAGACAUGGAGACUGAAGAAGAUAAACAGGACAAGGUGUCAAAGAAGAAACUAAAAAAACUGGCUCGAUUAAGUGUUGCACAAUUGAAACAGUUAGUAAAAAGACCAGAAGUCGUUGAGUGGGUGGACGUAACAGCAGCAGAUCCUAAACUUUUAGUUAGCCUUAAAGCUUACAGAAAUACGGUUCCAGUUCCACAACACUGGUCUCAAAAAAGAAAAUAUCUUCAAGGAAAAAGGGGAAUAGAAAAACCUGCCUUUGAUUUACCUGAAUUCAUCAAGGAUACUGGUAUAAUGGAAAUGCGUGAGGCUGUUAAAGAAAAAGAAGAUGCGGCCAAACUGAAACAAAAGACACGUGAGCGUGUACAACCUAAAAUGGGAAAAUUGGAUAUCGAUUAUCAGAAAUUGCAUGAUGCAUUUUUCAGAUUUCAGUCCAAACCUAAGUUAACGAUCCACGGGGAAUUGUACUACGAAGGUAAAGAAUUUGAGACGAAGCUCAAAGAAAAAAAACCAGGACAACUUUCAGAAGAAUUGAAAGCGGCCUUGAAUAUGCCACCGCUUGCUCCUCCACCAUGGUUAAUUGCAAUGCAACGUUACGGGCCUCCACCUAGUUAUCCUAAUUUGAAAAUUCCUGGGUUGAAUGCACCGAUUCCAGAAGGGGCUCAAUGGGGUUUCCAUCCUGGUGGUUGGGGAAAACCUCCUGUAGACGAAUAUAACCGUCCUUUGUAUGGUGAUGUCUUCGGAACAUACCAACAAGAAAUUCCGUCUGAUAUUGUUCAACCAAUUGAACGUUCAUUGUGGGGUGAACUAGAGCUCGAAGAAGAAGAAGAUGAGUCUGCUGCGUCUAAAGCAUUACAAGAAGGUCUGGUUACUCCUAGUGGCUUGUCAAGUGUACCAAGUGGCUUAGAAACUCCUGAAUAUAUUGAGUUGAGGAAAUUCCAAAACACCUCGACAUCUACUGCAAACACGGCAAGCAUAGCGAGUGGUUUAGAAACACCAAAUUUUAUUGAAUUAAGAAAAUAUCAAAAGAGUGAAGAAGAUGAACCUAAGCAAUUAUAUACAGUGCUUCCACAAAAGGAAGCGUCGAUUUCGGGAUUUAUGGGAUCACAACAUCGAAAAGCAGUUGGUGCUGGCGUUGAUGUAGCUUUGGAUCCUUCAGAGAUGGCUAACCUGGACGAAGAGACUUUAAGAGCCAAGUUUGAAGAAGCUCAACAGGCUACUCUACCUGAGGGAGCACACGAAGAUUUUUCUGAUAUGGUUGCCGAACAUGCAAGUAAACAAGCAAAGAAAAGACAAAAGGUUGCAGAUUCACGAGCAGCAGCAAGGGAUUCAGGUCCUGGUGGAAGUUCAGGAACCAAGAAAUAUAAAGAAUUCAAGUUUUAG